AUGUUAGUGAGAGUGUACCCCAAACUGCCUGAUUUGAUAGAGUGCAACGAUAUUCCUAACAACAGAGAGGAAAUACCAUCACCGGAAGUGGCACAGGGUUUUCCUCACCUGAAGGACAUUGCACAUUUCAUACACCCAGUGGAUGAAAGUAUCGACAUCGAGUUAUUGAUCGGUCGUGAUCUCAUUAUGGCUCACCAUGUAUUAAACCACAGAAUUGGGAAUGAUAACUUACCUUAUGGACAACAACUGCCUCUUGGAUGGGUUAUUAUUGGAAAUGUCUGCCUUGGCAUGAUGCAUAGCCCAGAUGUCGUCAACGUCAACAAAACCACUAUUCUAAGUAAUGGACGUCCCACUAUGAUGAUUCCUUGUGAUAGCGAGAUUAAGAUUGACUUUGACACAAUUUUUAGAAGAACUGAUCAGGAUGAGAAACCAGGAUUAUCAGUUGAGGAUCAAGACUUUCUUAAUAUUAUAGGCUCUGGAAUACAGAAGACAGAACAAGGUCAGUGGAUGGCUCCACUCCCUUUUCGAUCUACCAGGAAAACCUUGCCGAACAACAAGAAAGCAGCUGAACGACGUGCAAGAUCCUUUGAUGCAAGUUUGAAGCACAAAGAACAGAAACGCAAGCAUGUGAUUGACUUUAUGCAGAAGUUAUUUGAUAAUAAUCAUGCAGAAGAGGCUCCAGAUUUGGAUAAAGGAAGCGAAUGCUGGUAUCUUCCGCUCUUUGGAGUAUACCAUCCCAAAAGGCCAGACAGCAUAAGGAUGGUUUUUGUUUCAUCGGCCAAAUUCUGUGAUGUAUCUCUAAAUGAUGUGCUGCUCAAAGGACGUGACCUUAGCAAUAGUUUGCUAGGAAUCUUCAUGAGAUUUAGAAAGGAAGCAGUAGCUGUAACGAUGGAUGUAGAACAGAUGUUCUAUAACUUCAAAGUGAACCCUGAACAUAGAGACCUUUUGAGAUUUUUGUGGCAUGAGGACAAUGAUUUCAACCACCCACUCACCAGCUUCCGCAUGACGGUACACGUCUUUGGAAAUAGUCCGUCACCCUCUGUGGCCACUUAUGGUCUGAGGAAAUCAGUAGAGUCGUCCUGUGAAGACGUCAAAGAUCUCAUAAACAAUAGCUUUUAUGUUGAUGAUGGUCUAUUGUCAUGUUCCAGUGAAGAAAAAGCCAUGAGUCUUGUACAUAGGACAAUGGAUGCACUGAAUGAAGGAGGAAAGUUGAGACUUCACAAAUUCGCAUCGAAUAGCAGAACACUUCUAGAUUCAUUUCCCUCGAGUGACCUUGCCAAGAACCUGAAAGACCUUGACCUCGGUACAGCGUCACUACCACUACAGAGAAGUUUAGGACUUCUAUGGGAUACAGACUCAGAUGUUUCUUGUUUAAAGUGUCAGAUUAGCAGAAACCUUUCACCAAGCGUGGAUCAGGUCUAUCAUCAAUAG